AUGGGGGCUGCCGAACCAACGAGGACGCCGAAUGGGCGGAGCUUACAGCAGUACCUGCAUGUGGUGGGCUUUUUUGGACCUCUUUGGUGUGAGUAUGAUUGUGCCAUUACUGAAUCAUCACAUGAAAUCCCUUGGGGCCAGUCCAACAACAGCUGGUAUAAUAGGUUCCUGCUAUGGCAUCCUGCAACUCUUCUCUAGCUCUAUUGUGGGGAGCUGGAGUGAUAUUGUUGGAAGACGAUAUUCACUAAUUGCCUGUAUUGUAAUAAGUGCUCUUGGCUAUGGUCUUCUUGGUGUGUCCAUUAAUAUUUACAUUUAUGCCAUUGCUAGGAUACCUGUGGGAAUUUUUAAGCAUUCACUUUCCAUAUCAAAAGCAUUCCUGUCAGAUCUUGCAAGUGAAAAAGAGCGCCCCCAUGUAAUGGGGAGGUUUAAUGCGGCUUCCAGUAUGGGCUUUAUCCUGGGUCCUGUUGUUGGUGGUUACCUAGCUGAACUGCAGGGAGGUUUUUAUAUGACAUCCCUAAUCUGUACUGUCAUAUUUAUAAUAAAUGCAGGUCUUGUUUGGAUUAUGCCACAAACAGGGGAAAAACUGAACAUUUUUGCUCACCCUGAUAGUAGUGUGACUUUAAGGAUCAACCAGCCACCAGAUUCUAGUAUAUCACAUAAUUUGCAGGAAGAUAAUGGGAAGAAGCCAAAUAAUGCUGCUCAGACGGUAGUGGCGCAAAUAAUUUCCGUUUUUAAGAAAGUCACAGGUGUGGCUUUCUCUGAGAUGUGGGACAUAUUUUUAGUCCGUCUACUCAUGGCAAUAUCUGUAAUGCUGUACUACAGCAACUUUGCCUUGGCGAUGGAAGAAAGAUUCCAUAUGACUCCUCGAAUGACUGGCUUCUUGAUUAGUUAUGGCAGUACUCUUGGAGCCUUGGCUGGAUUUUCACUGGGACCACUAUCUAGACUUUAUCAGUACAAUACUUACACCAUGUUGUUACAUUCAAGUGUCCUCACAUUCUUUUCCAUUCUGGUGUAUUCAGUAGCACCUAAAAUGUGGAUAGUAAUUUUGUCUUCAACAUUCUUGGCCUUUUCUACCAGUAUAGGAAGGACUUGUAUUGUGGACCUUGAACUUACACUAGGCGAGCAGCAUGGAAGUGGCACACUAAUAGGAGUCGGGCAGUCAGUGACAUCAGUGGGACGCAUACUGGUACCCCUCUUGUCUGGAAUAGCACAAGAAUAUAGUCCAUGUGGGCCUCCACAGCUGGGUGCUGUGUUAGCGUUGGCAUCCAUAUUCCUUAUGUAUAAGAGUAAAUUAGGCUACAGUUAUUCCUCACACAAAAAGCUUAAAGCUGCCUGA